AUGCCAUUCGGAACUUCAAUGGAUGCCUGGGCAUCCUUCUACGACUAUGCCAGUGACGAUCUCGCAGUCGCAAGUGCUGUCGGAUCAGCGCGUGCAUCUUCCGAGCUUGAUCAUGCCGAGCCUCUGCCCAUAGAUGAUCGACUGGGCGCUUUACGUCAGUCAGCACUCCGCCCAGAUUCAGUCGUUUUCUCAGCAUUGCAACCAAUGCAGCCCGAGAAUAGUCCAUCUUUUCUUCCAAGCUGGCACAAUCAUAAGUGUACGAGCACACCAACCCAUCUCAGCUCGGUAGCUCUAGAUCAUCACCAUGAUCACGAUCCGUCUUCACAGCUUCGCUAUCCGCGUUUCGAUCCCUGCUCGCGCCUUUCUCACAGCCAAGAAGUACAGAAAAAUAUGCUGCAGCAGGAGACUAACUUCAGCUACAAUGUCACACCUCCAUUGGCGCUAGUGGAACGGCAUAUGGCAAGAACAUGGAUCGGUCUUACAUGGGGUGAAAUCAAGCUGCUCGCCCUUGCGGGUGCCGGAUUCUUCAUGGACUCAUAUGAUUUGUUCAUCAUCAACAUGGUUUAUCCAAUCCUCCUAUUGGCGUACUACCCUCUGGGAACAAGCAAUAUCGAAUGGGGCUUGUCCGGUGGAGUAUUGAAAGCGUCCGCGAGCAUGGGAAACGUCGUUGGCCAGCUUCUUUUCGGCUUUCUUGGUGACUUUUGGGGCCGCUCGGUACUCUACGGUAAAGAGCUUAUGCUUGCGAUGCUUGCCAUCAUUCUCAUGAUCUCAGCUCCUGAUACCCUUCGUGGCCAAGGCGUCACUAUCUGGAUUGCAGCUUUUCGAUUCUUGAUGGGUAUCGGAAUCGGCGGUGACUAUCCUCUCUCAGCGACUGUGGUUGCGGAUCGAUCAAGCACCAAGACGCGCGGAUUGCUGCUGUCGCUUAUCUUCAGCAACCAAGGAUGGGGUGCUCUAGCUGCGGCGCUGUCUGCGUUGGCUGUUAUCGCAAGCUACAGCUCGUCAAUUUUGUCUGACAAUCUGUCCGAGCUUAGUGGAGCUUGGCGCAUUCUUCUUGGCCUUCCACUCGCACCGGGUUUCGUAGUACUCUAUUUCCGCUUGACCCUAAUCGAGUCGGCUCGUUUCGUGCAAGCGCGCUAUCUACAAGAUCACGAUGAUGUGGCCAUCCGUGCCGCUGCUGCAGGGAUCGAUCUUCCGGAAAUCUCGGCAACGCGAGGGUUAGUGAGGCCAACAAGCGCCUAUGCAGGCACAGAGGUGGCCAAGCAAGCCCAUCUACGACGGAAACACUCUGAAUUGCCGUCGUGCCCAUCGUCCUUUCUCGGCUCAAACGGAGCAAGUACAAACAGUGGUCAUGGGGUAGCCAAACAUCAUUUCCAUUCAAGCUUGCCUCGGCGGCAACUGCCUUUCCCUCGAGAGCUGCGUGAAGCGAUGCGAAAGGCCGCCACGCAAAGCAAGGGUCUUUCUUUCAACUCUAUCGGUGUGGCACGCAACGACUUUUGGGAAUACUUUAGUGAAUGGCGACACCUCAAAGUCCUUUUGGGCACAUCCAUCUCGUGGUUUUUGGUCGACAUCACUUUUUAUGGCAUCAACCUCAACCAAUCGGGCAUCUUUGCGCUGAUUGGCUAUACACAGGGCAGCGCAUGGCACCGCAUCUACAAGCAGGCGCUAGGCAAUUUGAUCGUGGUGCUGGCGGGUUUCCUUCCGGGCUACUAUCUCACUGUCGCCUUGAUCGAGGUCAUCGGACGCAAGAAGAUCCAAUUGUUUGGCUUUGCGGCCAAUGCAUUGCUGUUUCUGGUGCUGGCUCUUAGCUACAACACCAUCAUCCACCAAGCGGCCCCCUUCUUUGCCGUGUUUGUGCUGUUGCAACUCAGCUUCAAUUUUGGAAGCAACAGCACCACGUUUGUAGUCCCGGCAGAGGUCUUCCCCACACGCGUUCGAGCUACUGCUCACGGCUUCUGUGCAGCUAUGGGCAAGCUGGGUAGCAUUGUCUCUUCUCUUGGAUUUAGCAUACUGGCCACCAGUCCAAGCUUUGGACACACGGGCAUAUUUUGGAUCUUUCUCGGCGUGAGCUUGCUUGGCUUCGUCGUGACUCUGCUUCUGGUGCCAGAGACAAAGGGUUACGAUGCUGAUAUGGUGGAUCGACAAGAGAUGCUGGACAGACCAAGCAGGGCCUGA